AUGACUAUUCAUUCAUUUUUCAUCUUUGAUAGGCAUUGCAAUUGCAUCUACAACCGAGAAUAUUCCCACGAGGCAAACGAUAAUGGCACCAUAAAUAAGAAUAAUCAGUCGGAUGGGGCCAAGUUGCUAUUUGGGAUGCUAUAUUCGUUGAAAAAUAUGGCAUCGAAGCUAGGAGACGGUGAUAUGAACAACUUGUUGAAGUCGUUCAGUACGUCGAAGUACAGAACGCAUUUCUUGGAGUCGGCCACGGGGUUGAAGUUUGUGAUUAUCUCGGACACAUCGAUAGAUAACCUCCAAAACGUGUUGUGGGAGUUGUACUCGAACUACUACUUGAAAAACAUCACGUUUAACAGUUUGAGUGCGGUUGAUUUCAAAGAGGAGGAGAAAAUCAGCAAUAAUAACUUUAUUGUGGAAACAGACAAGUUCUUGCAGUCAUUGGCAGUUUUCCAGUGA